AUGUCACCUUUUCUCUUGCAGGCGCUCCAGCUGUGCUGCCUCUGCUGCGCAUCCGUCGCCGCGGCCUUAGCCAGUGACAGCAGCGGCGGCAGCGGAUUAAAUGAUGAUUACGUCUUUGUCACGCCAGUAGAAGUGGACUCUGGUGGGUCAUAUAUUUCGCACGACAUUUUGCACAAUGGCAGGAAAAAGCGAUCAGCGCAGAGUGCCAGGAGCUCCCUACACUACCAAUUUUCAGCAUUUGGACAGGAGCUGCACUUAGAACUUCAGCCCUCAGCGAUCUUGAGCAGUCACUUUAUUGUCCAGGUACUUGGAAAAGAUGGUGCUUCAGAGACUCGGGAACCCGAGGUGCAGCAAUGUUUCUAUCAGGGAUUUAUCAGAAAUGACAAUUCCUCCUCUGUGGCUGUGUCUACAUGUGCCGGCUUGUCAGGUCUCAUAAGGACACGAAAAAAUGAAUUCCUCAUCUCGCCAUUACCUCAGCUGCUGGCCCAGGAACACAACUACAGUUUCCCUGGGGGCCACCAUCCUCACGUACUGUACAAAAGGACAGCAGAGGAGAAAGUCCAGCGGUACCGUGGCUACCCCGGCUCCAGCCGGAACGCUCCUGGUCACUCCCCACGUCUCACUUUCCAUGCAUCUCAGAGCCAAGAGAGAGAGUAUCACCAUCGAAGGUUGCAAAAGCAGCAUUUUUGUGGACGACGCAAGAAAUAUGCCCCCAAGCCUCCCACAGAGGACACCUAUCUAAGGUUUGAUGAAUAUGGGAGCUCAGGGAGACCCAGAAGAUCAGCUGGAAAGUCACAAAAGGGCCUAAACGUGGAAACCCUUGUGGUAGCAGACAAGAAAAUGGUGGAAAAGCACGGCAAGGCAAAUGUCACCACGUACAUUCUCACAGUAAUGAACAUGGUUUCCAGCCUAUUUAAAGAUGGGACUAUUGGAAGUGACAUAAACAUUGUUGUGGUGAGCCUCAUUCUCCUGGAACAAGAACCAGGUGGAUUAUUGAUCAACCAUCAUGCAGACCAGUCUCUGAAUAGUUUUUGUCAGUGGCAGUCUGCCCUCAUUGGGAAGCAUGGCAAGAGGCAUGACCACGCCAUCCUACUCACGGGAUUUGAUAUUUGUUCCUGGAAGAAUGAACCGUGUGACACUCUAGGGUUUGCCCCCAUCAGCGGAAUGUGCAGUAAGUACCGAAGUUGUACAAUCAAUGAGGACACGGGACUUGGCCUGGCCUUCACCAUUGCUCAUGAGUCAGGGCACAACUUUGGCAUGAUUCACGAUGGAGAAGGCAAUCCCUGCAGGAAGGCUGAAGGAAAUAUCAUGUCACCCACUCUGACCGGAAACAACGGGGUGUUUUCAUGGUCUUCAUGCAGCCGACAGUAUCUCAAGAAAUUCCUUAGCACACCUCAGGCUGGGUGUCUCGUGGACGAGCCCAAAAAAACAGGACAGUAUAAAUACCCGGACAAGCUGCCAGGACAGAUUUACGAUGCUGACACACAGUGCAAGUGGCAAUUUGGAGCAAAAGCCAAGUUAUGCAGCCUUGGUUUUGUGAAGGUAUGUUUGCUUGUGAUUUCAGACUUACAUUAA